GUAUCUGGAGGGAGGCAAGGAGGCUGGUGGCCAGCUUGUUGACCAGCGUUUUUGCCCUCGAAUUGUCGAAGGCGAGCUGCGUUACAACAUGGUCGGCGACUCUCUUGUCGGCAUCAUUCACAAGAAGCCGAAGGAAGGCGGUAUUAGUGCAGUUGGUGGCACUGGAUCCGUCUACACGUAUUACGGUCCCAAGGAGAAGCAGUUUGCGAGCCUUACGAACAACUUCCUGAAGGAAGAUCUUCCGAAGAUCAUGCCUGCUCUUGGCUUGGGAGAGGAGCCAAUCCCUUUGUGGUGGACUUCUGACUUCAUCAACUCCUCUCCAGAGGGCACUGAUGCCAAGGAUGAGAAGUGGAUCGUGGGUGAGUUCAACUGCUCGUGCGUCGGUAUCUCCAAGUGCUUGCCGGCCUACUGCAAGGACGACACCCCGAAUGCCUGCUACACAGACAUCCCCGGCAAGGAUCUGAAGGAGGUGCGUCGCAUUAGCGACCUCCUUGGCAAGAAGGCCACGGACAUCUUCGUGACCGAGGCAAAGAAGAGGCCAUGGUACAGCAAAGCCACGCUUCCUGGUUCAGGGCAUUCUCCAACACUCCUGUCCUUCAACAAAGGGGAGCCAAUCCCUUUGUGGUGGACGUCUGACUUCAUCAACUCCUCUCCGCCCGGCACCGAUGCCAAGGACGAGAAAUGGAUUGUGGGUGAGUUCAACUGCUCAUGCGUCGGCAUCUCCAAGUGUUUGCCGGCCUACUGCAAGGACGACACCCCAAACGCCUGCUACACAGACAUCCCUGGCAAGGAUCUGAAGGAGGUGCGCCGCAUCAGUGACCUCCUCGGCAAGAAGGCAACAGACAUUCUGGUGACCGAGAGGAAGAAGAGGUUGCAGCCGGCCGAAGCGGGCCAGUUCUUCUCAGACGGCCCAGUGGACGUGUCGUCUCUGACGAAGGUGGUAAAGGACGAUCAGGGACUGCUCCCACAGCCGAAGAAGCCCAGGUUCAAGACUGCCCUGACCGGCAUCUACGUGCGCAGCCAGGAGCAUUUCGGUUCUGCUGCAAUGAGCCACAAGGCACAGCAAGAACACUGCUCAUCAUGGGGCGGCGGAACCGACAAGAGCUCCAAUGGCCACCGCUACGACAGCAUGGCCUUUGCCAAUGGCAUUAUCCAGGCUGGUAUGAGCUGCCAGCUGAUCAACUACGUGCAUCAGGAGCAUGACAAGUUCUUCGAUGUGGUGAAGAACUUUGAUGCCAUCGUGGUUCGAUGUAAUCCUGGACAGAUCAAGGCCGACGGUGGUGACCAGGGUAAGUUCGACAAUGGCAUGCGUGCCAUCCGCAAGAAGGGAAUCCAGGUGUGGCCGGCACCUGACGUCAUGGAGUUCAUGGGUGCCAAGGAUGCGCUCUGCAAGAUCGCCACCCUGAACAUCGGGCUUGAGGAUACGCUUGCCUACUACGACGCGGCGGUGUUUGCUGAAGGUUUCAAGAAGACCAUGGCUUUCCAGCCACGUGUCAUCAAGCAGAACCGCGGGUCCUCUGGCGAAGGCAUUUGGAUCAUCAAGCUCAAAUCAGGGGACUACUGCAAGACCUAUGGUGAGCGCUCGUGCGGCGAUGAUGAAUUGUUGGACCUCAUGGAGGCCAACGACAACCACUCCGAGGAGCACACGGUCGCGCAGUUCAUCGAAUUCUGCGUGAACGGCCGCACGGGCAAGUCGGGCGAGUGGACCUCGAAGGGAGUCGGCAAGUACCUCGAGGGAGGGAAAGAGGCCGGAGGCCAGCUUGUCGACCAACGCUUUUGCCCUCGCAUUGUAGAGGGCGAACUCCGCUACAAUAUGGUGGCUGAUACCUUGGUUGGCAUCAUCCACAAGAAGCCAAAGGAAGGUGGAAUCAGCGCCGUUGGCGGCACAGGUUCCGUUUACACCUUCUACGGUCCAAAGGAGAAGAAAUUCGCCAGCUUGACCAAGAGUUUCCUCACUGAUGACCUGUCGAAGAUCAUGCCAUGCUUGGGAUUGGAGACCGAGCCGAUCCCACUGUGGUGGACCUCGGACUUUAUCAACUCGUCCCCUGCGGGCACCGACCCGAAGGAUGAGAAAUGGAUCGUGGGAGAGUUCAAUUGCUCCUGCGUCGGCAUCUC